AUGGAUUCUUCUUCUGUCAGCAAUGCUCAAAUGAACGAUAAAUUAUCAGCUGAUGAUGAUAAAAGUAAUAAUGACAUGAAUUUUACAGUUGGUGAACAAAAUGCAAAAACAAUUGUGUGCCUGUAUUGUGAUGAUAUUAUUCUACGUCCAAAAACAGGAAAAUAUGAACAAAAAAAUAUUUUAUUACCUCGUAUGGAUAUGAAAAAAACUUCUACAUCAUCAUCAUCAAAUGAUAAUUCUAUACCGAUCAACGGCAAUGAUCAUUUAUGUGAUUCUAUUGAUUAUUAUUGGCUUGUAAACGAUAUGUUUACGUUUGAAAAUGUUGGAUUUUCUAAAACUGUUAAUAAUAAUGUCAAAUAUUUGAUAUGUUCGAACUGUGAACGAGGACCAAUUGGCUAUUGUGAAUUAGAUCCGACAACUGGACAACUAGAUAAACAGUUUUAUGUUGCUUUUGACCGUGUUAAAUAUAAAUAG